GUGGUGUAUAAAACAACAUCUUGAAUGUUGCUCCAGAGUGACCUGCUCUGUCAUUCAACACACCAGCUACUGUAAAGCGCCACAGUUGAUGUCUGUAUUCAGGAUGGCAACAAAGAACGUGUUGAUUGUGUAUGCCCACCAGAGCUCAGGCUCAUUCAACGCUGCAGCCAAAGAUGCUGCUGUGGAAGUUUUAAAAGCUCAGGACUGCACAGUAGAAGUAUCAGACCUGUACGCCAUGAAGUUUAAAGCCGCUGCUACUGCUGAGGACAUCACCGGAGAAGUCAAGAAUGCCGAUCACUUCCGUUAUGCAGAGGAGACCAAACUGGCGUGGGAGGAAGGAAAACUGUGUGACGACCUCACUGAGGAACAACGCAAACUCACUCAGGCAGAUCUCAUCAUCUUUCAGUUCCCCAUGUACUGGUUCACUGUUCCUGCAAUCAUGAAGGGCUGGAUCGACCGGGUGCUCACACUGGGCUACGCCUACUCUCACGAGAAGAGAUACAGCCAAGGAAUCUUCAAGGACAAGAAAGCCAUGCUGUCCUUCACCACUGGGUCUCAAGAGUCCAUGUUUAGUGCAAAUGGUAUUAAUGGAGACAUGAAUGUCACACUGUGGCCACUACAGAAUGGCAUCCUGCACUACUGUGGCUUUCAGGUUCUGGCCCCUCAGAUCUUCUGGGCUCCGUCUCACGUUCCCUCUGAGGAGCGCAGCACCAUGCUAGAGGGCUGGCGUACCCGACUGCAAGGCAUCCUGAAAGAGAAAUCACUUUCCUUCACUCCCAUGGACUGCUUCGACAGGGAGAAGGGUUUCCAGCUGAAGCCUGAGGUCCAUGAGAAACAUGCCUCCAAGGAGUAUGGACUGACUGUUGGGAUCCACCUGGGAAAGGCGCUACCACCCAACAACCAGAUGAAAGCUGGAGUCUGAAGACAGUGGGGCUUCUGUAUUUCAUUGCAUGAUGGAAAAAUAAAGGCUGACUUGAAUUCUAUUGCAUGAUUAU